GCGUCAGCUCUCAUUGGCUGUUGGGGAUAAUCGGUCACCAAGAGGACCGGAGGGCACAGGGCAGCAUGGUAACAGCUACUUACAGUCAUAAUUAGUUGUUCAAAACGAUUUACUCGCUUUAUUAGAUUUUUUUUUUUCCGGAGACAAUAAGCUCGUUUCAGGGCGGCCGUCGACAAUGUUUUUGUGCCGCACGGGGAAGCUGUCUGCAGCGGCUCUGGAUCAGGCUUUCAAGUCAUCGGGCUCGUUUCUAGUGCAAGUCAAAGCAAACAGACUGAGGGACGUCACUUUGACAUUACGCAAAGGUUACACGUUGCAACGUUACCGGUGUUUCUGUGUAUCCGUCGGGGGGUUCGAUGCAACUCCUGUGCACCUGGGGAAACGACUACAACCGGGCCGGCAACCUGUCCGGAACCGGGACUUAUCGUGUGCUUUUGACUGGGGACACUUGGACCGGGUGGCUACAAUAGCUGUGAAUCUCUCCAAACGCGGGCAAAGUGAAGGCGGUAAUGUAAAUAUUAUCACGCAGCCGCUCGUGCGUGCAAACAGACGCCACGGCAGUAGAGGGGAGCCGGUGGGUAAUGGUUUGUUUCCAGGUAACUGGGGGGUUUCCAGUCGACUGUGCUCUACAGGGACCAUGCAGACCAGAGCCUUAUCCACGAAGAAGAGCGACGCUGGCGAGGAGCAGAAAGCUAACAACAAAGGGGGCGAGCAGAAUUUAAAGGAGGCCUCUACUACCUCUUCAUCUACAGCGAAGUCCCCGGGGGAGCCGGAGGGAGAAAAACCAAACAAGACCCAGCAGCUAAAGAAAGUCUUCAAGGAGUAUGGAGCGGUGGGAGUUUCCUUUCACAUUGGCAUCUCCCUGAUGUCCCUCGGAAUGUUCUACCUCCUCCUAUCCAGUGGGAUCGAUAUGACUGGCGUGCUGUGCAAAAUGGGCUUCAGCGAGGCGGUCGUUCAGUCUAAAAUGGCAGCAGGGACGAGCACGUUCGUCUUGGCCUACGCCGUCCACAAGCUCUUCGCUCCGGUUCGCAUCAGCAUCACGCUGGUGUCCGUGCCUCUCAUCGUGCGCUACUUUAGAAAGACUGGUCUCUUCAAACCACCCACACCCACACCCUGAUGGUUCUCCUCUGCUGCCUCAUCGAGCAACUGACUGUUAAUGGCCAUAAUUAAAAACGCCUGUAUAUACAUUCUUACUCAUCAUCUAGAAAUGCCUCAUCUUUUCUCAGUUGUCAUUGUGAAUUCAGGUGAAACAUUUCCUUCGUUAGUUCCAGAAGUGUUUAGUGUUUCUGUAGGAUUAAAAAGUAUAACAGCUCUUUGAAAAACAUUUGAUGUCAUGUUACAAUAUGUGUGCAUUCCAAAAACAAAGGGUGAAAAAGCUCGUAUUUAUUUACAAUCAGAGGUAUGAUCAGGGAUUUAAAGCUCUUUCAGUGGGCAGGUUUGUCUCUUAAUGCUGUGAAGGUUUCCCGUAGGGAAAAGUGGAAAAAGCUGAUCUCUCCUCCACUGUUCCCUGUUCGCUGACUAAGCCAUGUUCUGGUGUUAUGUGAAUCAGCAAAAUAAGUCAGGCUCUCUCCUUGUCCUACCUCGCUCCUCUCUAUCCUUUUCUCUCCUUCCCUAGCUCAGACUCUCUCUCCCACACGGUUUUUAUUUUCUGCAACUUCUCUCCUUACCUCUCCUGGCAUCCACGUUCUUCCCAGUAUAUCGCUUUGCUGUUGCUCUCCUAUCUUUUUCUCUUGUAUCUUCUCUCCCUCCUGUUCUUUAAUUUUGCAAAUGCCACUGCCCAAGCAGAAAUGUUGACAAUAAUGUGAGUGAAGCUGAUUGUAGUUCAUUGCAAGCUUUCGAUAACGAAUGUUGGUUUUGUGAGUUUUUUUUUCUGAUUUAAUGGACUGUAUUUUACUAUUAAAAAAGGAAGCGGACUUUUA